UUCAAAAGUGGGAGCUAAAGCUAAAGCCUUUUAAUUUCAAAGAAACCCAAUUUCUAAUCCAAAACUUAUUGUUAUUUUCUUUGUGUUGUUUGGCAUUUAAUCGGUCGCUCUCGUUUUUAUUUUUGACGGAAUCUCCAAUCUUUUUACACUAGUAAACAAGAGAAGCACCAACACCAACAAUAGCUACUGGUACUAGGCUACUAGCAAAUAGAAUGAGAGAGAAUAGCCAGCACCCAGAAAUAAAGUCACCUCAUUUUGUUGAAUUUGAUUGUAUUCGAGGCUAAAGAAAGAAAGGAAAGAAAAGAAAAAGGAACGUUCUCUUUUUUGUUUGUUAAGGUGUUGUGGGUACUGGGUAGAAUAGAAUGGGGAUGCUAUAUGAGGAUGUGGUUGUGAUUAGUCAAGCAGAGAAGCCAGGUGACUCAACUGUGAUAACUGUUAAUUGCCCUGAUAAGACCGGUCUUGGUUGUGAUUUGUGCAGGAUUAUUUUGCUCUUUGGGUUAAGCAUUUCUAGAGGAGAUUUGCAAACGGAUGGGAAAUGGUGUUACAUAGUCCUUUGGGUGGUGGGAAAACCGAGCACAAGGUGGAGUUUGUUAAAGAUGAGGCUGUUGGAGGUAUGUCCUUCAUAUUUUUCGACAUCCGAAAUCUCUUACUACAGGCCGAAGGACCAGCAACCAAAGAAGCCAGAUGUGUUCCUGCUGAAGUUCUGGUGUUCUUAUGACCGAGAAGGGCUCUUACAUGAUGUGACUGAAGUUCUUUGUGAGCUAGAGUUGACAAUAAAGAGAGUGAAGGUGUCAACCGCUCCAGAUGGAAGAGUGAUGGAUCUCUUUUUCAUCACAGAUACCAGAGAACUCCUUCAUACAAAACAUCGGCAGGAGGAAACAAUUCACUACUUGAAAGAUGUAUUGGGGGAUGCCUUGAUAAGUUGUGAGAUUGAAUCAGCUGGUGCAGAAGUUACUGCAUGUUCCCAAGGCUCAUCUUUGCUUCCUUCUGCGAUAACAGAAGACAUGUUCAAUAUGGAGUUGCCUGAUAAACAACGAAAGGGGUUCCUCACCCCCAACCCUGUAUCUGUUUCAAUGGACAAUACCCUUAGCCGCUCUCACACACUCCUCCAAUUCCUCUGCAAGGAUCACAAGGGUCUUAUGUAUGAUAUAAUGAGAACCCUGAAAGAUUAUAAUAUACAGAUUUCAUAUGGAAGAUUCUAUGCAACCCCGAAAGGGCACUGUGAAGUGGACUUGUUCAUAAUGCAAGCAGAUGGCAAGAAGAUAAUCGACUCCUAUAAACAAGAUGCAUUGUGCUCUCGUCUGAGAAUGGAGCUUCUGCGUCCCCUUAGGGUUGCUGUAGUUAGCAGGGGUCCUGAUACAGAACUUCUUGUUGCCAACCCUGUUGAGUUGUCUGAGAGGGGCCGGCCUCUCGUCUUUUAUGAUAUUACCUUAGCUCUCAAAAUUCUGAAUACCAGAAUCUUCUCAGUGGAGAUCGGAAGACACAUGAUUCAUGACAGGGAGUGGGAAGUAUAUAGAAUACUGCUUGAUGAAGGAGAUGGAUUUACUGUGCCUAGAAACAAGAUUGAGGAGAGUGUGAGAAAAAGACUGAUGGGUUGGGAUUAGAUUUGCUUAAUUACUUCAGUUAGGAGCCUUUCACCACCAUUGUACAGCAUAGUUUUCUUAGCCUGCUGAGUCUGCAAAACAGCUAGGCACUAACCCCCAUACAAAAUGUAAAUCAUGAAAUGCCUUGAGUAGAAAUGAUAGAGUUUGUUUUUUUUUUUCUUUGAAAUUCUGGAAUCGGAAUUGCUUCAUGAAAUCUGAUGCUUUAUCAAGUUUUGUUUCUCUUCA